CAUCGAUUUGGGAGGGAUAAUCCCAGAAAGCGAAAAUCAGUUUGGGGAAAGGGUUUUGCUUUCUCUCCUUUCCUCUUCCUAAUUUUUUUUUAUUUCAGAUUUUUGUUCUUGCUUUUCUCUUCCUGAAUUUUUUGAGGGCUUCUUCGUUAAUUUUCUGUAAUAUGAAAAGAAGACAUAGCGAGAAGGUUUUGAUUCGUAUCCACAAUAUCGGUACACCAUUGAUUUCUGGGUCUUCUGGUUUGCCCGUAGACUCAAUUCACAUUGAAUCAGAUCGUCCGUACACUAUAGGUCGAAGAAGUAAUGGGUUGAGUGAUUUUGUCCUUGAUCAUGGCGGUAUCAGUAGAAAGCACGGUCAGAUUCUAUUUGAUAGCCAAAGUAGCAAACUUUUCAUUUUUGACGGCGUGAUUCUCUUGCCUUCAAGUGGUUUUAGUCAAGCUUUUGAUGAGCUUAGGAGAAGAUCGGUUAGCGUUGAUGAGCUGCACAAGGAAAACAAGGAUUUGGCUAGUUUAAAUUAUAGGGUUUCUUUGAAUGGGGUGUAUGUUAAUCGUGUUAGGGUUAGUAAAGCCAAAUUUCAGGAGAUUUCAAGUGGCGAUGAGGUGUUGUUUGUUUGCGGGAAGGAAGGAUUGUGCUAUAAACAUGGUCGAGUUGGGUUUUUGGUUCAGGAGAUUGAUUCUGGAAGAGAUAUUUCAAGUUCUGAAGAUAGAUGUAGAAUGAUUGGAGCACCGGUCUCUUCAGGACAUUCUAGAGGAACUGUUUCCAGUGGGAAGAGAAGCAAAAGGGUUUUUGCUCCGAUGGAAAACGAAAUUAAUUCUCCUGUUUCCGGGUUUUAUCCACCCAAAUCUGUUGGUGUUAUUGAGAGAUUGAAUUCUCUUGUAAGCUAUUGUAGACAUAUAUUGAGCAGCGAUGAUCCUCUAUCUUGCCUUAGGUUAUCUAUCAUAUCAGAUUCUGGAAAGCAAUGCCUAUCCUGCUGUACAACCAAACUGGUAAGGUCAAAAGUAGGUAUAGUGGCCGAUAAUAGAGAAGUCAAGGGUGCCGAGACAAAUCAUGACUUGGGUCAUGGUUUGUCUGGUUUACGAGUAAGUGAUGCACGGCCAAGCCCACAAUUACCUAUAGGUACAACCUUAGGUGUCUCAGACUUGGUUAGCGAAGCAGAAGAUUAUGGCGCUGCUUGUAUUUCUGUCAGUGAUAAGACUAGGACUAUACUUCCUUUUGAUGGGGGAAAGGAAAGUACUCCUGAUAUUAGUUGCAUCGGUGAGGAGAAAAGUUAUGGAAGUUCUCUCCAAACACCUGGGAAGAACUUUUAUUUAAAUCGUCUUCAAUAUUUUGAAGAAAAUUCAACUGGUCGUCAACGGGUGGUUUCCUUGCCAGAACUUCUUUACCCUGUGGAAAGCAUUUCAAAAAUCUUCAUUGCAACAUUUACAAGUGAUAUCUUAUGGUUUCUUACCUGCUGUGAGAUACCUAGUACUUUGCCUGUGACUGUUGCAUGUCACCAUGCUGAAAGAUGUUGGAGCUCUAGCCUUGAUGCAAGAACGGCUGCUCCUUUGGAAAAUUACCCAAAUGUAGCUGUGGUGUUUCCACCAUUUCCUGAGGAAAUUGCAUUUGGGAAAGACCGCAAGAACCGCGGCAUUGCUUGUCAUCACCCCAAGCUGUUUAUUUUGCAAAGAGAAGAUAGUAUUCGUGUAAUUAUUACGUCUGCAAACUUAGUAGCAAGACAGUGGAAUGAUGUGACCAACACAGUCUGGUGGCAAGAUUUUCCACGAAGAGCAAACCCUGAUUUCUUAUCCCUUUUCGGCCAUUGUCAAAAGGAAACCAAUCGUGGUUUAAGGUCAGAUUUUAGUGCUCAGCUGGCUGGAUUUGCUGCGUCUCUUUUGGCUGAUGUUCCAAGUCAAGCCCACUGGAUUCUGGAGUUCACAAAGUACAACUUUGAACACUCAGCAGGUCACCUUGUGGCUUCAGUGCCUGGAAUUCAUUCUUAUAGGCCGUCUUAUCUUAUAGAAUCUGCUCGCUCAAAAAUUUCUUUCAAAGAAGAAUAUCUGGGAUCUGUUGAAGCAUCUGCUGUUGGCCUCAGUUACCUUUUUCGUUCUGCCAAUGAUUCUACAGGCACACAAUUGAAACGACUGGCUUCAUAUAUCAGCCGAACCCAGGAAAUUUCUCUCGGAAUGUUGGAACUUGUUUUGAGAAGAAAUACCAAUGUGCCUGCUGACGUGAAUGCAGUGAGCGUCCUUGUUCCUAACCCUGAUGAUGAUUCGCAAGACGAGUUUGUCCAACUAGGCUUUUUGCCUCGGAAUAUUGCAAAAUGGGUUUCUCCUUUGUGGGAUAUUGGGUUAAUUAAAUUUGCGGGAUAUGCGUAUCGGGAUGAAGUCCUUGCAGCUGCUUCUUGUAGGAGCAACCAGAAGGUGCAACUGAUGCUGCAUGUAUUACAGGGAGUGUCCAUGUCUGAUAUGUCAAAGUUGAUUCAACCUCAUCAUGUUGUUGCGCUGUGCUCUUUAAUCGCUUCACUUCAGAGAUGUACUGGCAUUUGGAGGCUACAAGAGGUGUUAGGCCGUUACAAGUGGCCCGAAUCUCAGGAAUCAGAUUUCGUCUAUAGUGCAUCCUCGAUUGGAGGCUCAGCAACUGCAAGCUUUCAAGCUGAUUUUUCAUCAGCAGCAGGUAAAAAAGCGUUACAGCAUUUUAACUCCCAGGAAUCUGAUCCAGAGUGGGGAUGCUGGAGUGCUAGGGAAGAACGGGAAGCUCCUUCCAUUAAAAUCAUCUUCCCUACCAUUGACAGGGUCAAAAAUGGCCAUCAUGGUGUCUUGUCUUCAAAACGUCUGCUUUGCUUCUCCGAGAAAACCUGGCAAAAAUUGAGACAUAACAACGUGCUUCAUGAUGCAGUUCCUAAUCCGCCGGAUAGACUAGGGCACCCGAUGCAUAUCAAGGUGGCCAGGAGACGCUUCACCUCCACCAGAGGUUCACGGUUUUCUUCGUUUGGUUGGGUUUAUUGCGGCUCACAUAAUUUCAGUGCAGCUGCAUGGGGACAGACCAUUUCCAGAUCCUCCAGGAACAAUGAGGACCAGUCCCACAAUGCCAUCAGAUCGGUCAAUAAACUUCGUGUAUGCAACUACGAGCUGGGCAUUGUGUUUGUUUUUCCUCCACCUAAUGAAGAAAUGGACUCAUGGGAUGGAUCUAAGAUUGAUGAUAUUGUGUUGCCGUUUGUUGUACCGGCUCCAAAAUAUGGACGGAGUGAUAGACCGGCUACAGGUUUGGCUAUGAGGGAAGCUUUUGCUGAGUUAAGGGAAGGCUCUAGAAGUUUCUGUGGAGAAACUGAAGUUGAAGAAGAAGUAGAAGAAGAGGAAGAAGAAGAAGAAGAAGAAGAAGAAGAAGAAGAAGAAGAAGAAGCUGAAGGAAGAGGAGAUUUUGCUGCAGAGGAGGAGAAGGCUUAUGCUGAGGCAUUGUGGAGCCAGGUUGAGUCCUCUCUCAGCUCCUGAAAGAUUACGCUGCUUUGGAAUAUGACAGAUUUGCCCUCCGUGUAUGUAUUGCUAAUUUGCUAUGUAACCACUAACCAGUGUUGUUUACAAAGAAAAAUGAAAUUGAUUCUUUUUUUGUUGUCAACAAUGACAACAAAUGAAAGUGAUUCAGACAAACUAUAACGGAAACUA